AUGGGCUCCAGGUCCACCCGCCCCCGCAGAUCGCACACCCUGGGCGCAUGCCGCACCUGUCGUCGCCGCCAUGUCAAAUGCGACCAGAAACGGCCUGUCUGUCGGACCUGUCGGAAUCUGGGAGUCCCUUGCGAGGGCUUUACCAAUGAAGUCCGCUGGAUGCGCAGCAGCAGCGGGAGCGACAAGGCCGACGACACCACUGGCACCCGCCGCCAUCUCUAUACAGAACAGUCGAGACAGUCCAUGAGCACGUCCUUGGGCUCGAACCUCGUGUCCGGCUCCAUUAGUGCAUCCCUCGCGGAAAUCGACGUUAAGACCCGCGAUCCUGACCGGCCGGUCGAGGGCGAUAUUGUCGUGGGCCCAUUUGCCGUGCUGGACUUUGCGCCCGAUGCGUCCAACAAUAUGCAGGGGCAGCAGCAGCAGCAGCAGCAGCCAGAGAGUCAUAAAUACACACCGCCAGAGCCGGAAGGGGCGCUUCGUAGUCCACCGCAGACGGUCCCUGAUACAGCUGUUGCUCAGGAUCCUGGUGUCGCGCUGCCCUCGUUACUCAACGACUCGCCUUCACAUAUCGACGACUUCCUGCACUGGUCGGAUAUCUUAGGCCUGAGUCCGGAGCAGCCGGGAUUCUUCCAGCCCUCGAUGCUGAACUUCGACAUGUAUUUAAGUGCCGAUGCGGUGGCUGAUAAUACGUCGAACGGUUUUGUUAUCCCCGAGGACUUCGCGCCAGACCAGAACAACAUGGCAGCCAUGACUCCCCCAUCAAGUGCCAUUGAAAUGGCCUCGACGUUUCUUGACGCAGCUGCACUGACGGAUGCGCCGCUCCUGUUUAAACACUUUAACGAGAGAGUGGUUCCCCAGAUGGUGAUCAUGCCGCUGGGCGACAAGUCCCCGUGGAGAAUCAUGAAUCUCGCCGCUGCAAUGGCGACAUAUAACGAUUUGACUAUCUUGGGCUCGCAGAGAAUCAGCCAUGCGCGUCUAGCAAAUCUCUAUGGUCUGCUGGCAUGCUCUGCAGCGCAUCUCUCAUCGACGAACAACUCCGUCGGCUCACCCAGUCACUGGCAGCAGGCUGCCGGUCAGAUGUUUGAGCAGGCCAGAGACCACAUGCAAAAGUCGCUCCGAUAUGAAACCAAAGAUCCAAAGAGAGCAAAAUAUAAGGACCAGCUAAUGGCAAUCUGUUGCCUGAUUGAAUACACGGUCAUCUCAGGGCAGCAACAACAUGCAAGAACACUCAUGGUAAACGCCGAAUACAUCCUGCGCGUACGAGGGCUGUUAAAGAAUCGAAUAUCGCAAAAGUCACGACUCCUUCACCAUGUGUACACUUGGCUCCGCCUAGUCGGAGAGAGUACCUACGUCCUGCACGACUACAACCCAUCCACCUCCUUCAUCGAAGCCCUCGACUCGAACUUCCAACGCCAUCGCCAACCAACUGUCCCAGAAGGACAAAGCUCGCACGAAUCCAACCCCCGGCUAGACGACUUCCUCCGGCUAGAAGCGCACGACGCAGACAGCGACCUCAACAUCAACGAGCCCAAAGACGAACAAGCCGGCCUGCACGAUAUCCACCUCCAAGACUCGCGUAGCUUCUCCGACACCCUUUACAAACAGGUCUACGGCAUCCCCGAAACCUGGCUCAGCCUUCUAUCCCAAACAACCCGUCUCGCAAACGUCAUGGAGACAUUCCGGCGCGCACAGCACGCAGGCGAGAACACCAGCCUCGAAGCAUGGGAAGCCCUGCACCGCCGCAGUAUCCGUCUCGAGAACCUCAUCUGCUCGUGCGAUAUCACAUCAUCCACAAGGGCUGGAACCGAGCCUCCAAAGCCACAUAGCCAUAUGCUGCGCGCGCUGAACGCAGCUCUUGUCAUCUUCUUCUACAGACGUAUCCGCCGGGUCCACCCUGCUAUCCUGGCAGCGCAUGUCGAUGCUGUUAUUGCCUCCUUGUCGGAAUUUACGGCUGCCCUGACGCAUGAACACCCGACUGGGCCUGGUGCGGCAUGGCCCGCUUUCAUCGCUGGAUGUGAGGCAUUGACGACGCAGAGACGAGAGGCCGUGUUGGCCUGGAUUGAUGCGGCGAUGGCGAGCUGUGGUCCUGCGGGAUUCGGCGUGGCCAGGGAGAUUAUGGUCAGUUUGUGGCGGAGGCAGGAUGAGCAUCUUGAGACGAAUCGGGGGGAGCCCAUGCCUACGUGGACGACGUUUAUUCAGGAGAGGCAGAUAUGGCCGUUGUUCUGUUGA